AUGUCUUCUGCUUCUUCUCCAUGGUCUUCUGCUUAUUCAUUCCCCUGGACAUCUUCUUCUGAAUACACGGAAAUUCGAGAAAUCGAUCAGAAAAUCGAUUGGAAAACGGAGAAGACUCUCAAGCAGCAACUGGAGAAGGCCCAACUGGAAAACUCGAUUCGCAAGCAGAAAAUGGAGAUUUUGGGACUGGAAAUCGCUGAAAUUUCCAAGAAUUUCGAGAAGAGUCUGAAGGGAAUCGAGUGGAGAAGACUGACGUUCGAACAACUGAGUGCUGGAAAUCGGCUGGCGAUGAGAAUGCUCAAAGAGCAGUUGAAGGAGAUUGAGACGCUUCGUGGCGGCAUUCAGAAGAAUCAGAAGAAUCAGAAGACGUCGGAGAAUCAGAAGACGUGCGAAGCAGCGGAACACAUUAUGAAGUAUGUCAUGGAGCAGAGAAAGAUGCAACCAUCAGCGAAGUAA